AUGCUAAACACUCUAUUAACACAUCUAGUUAACCCACUUGCAUAUAUUGCCCCCGUCCUAUUGGCAGUGGCCUUCCUCACACUCCUUGAACGUAAGGUUUUAGGUUACAUACAGUUGCGGAAGGGACCAAACAUUGUAGGGCCCUACGGGCUUCUACAGCCGAUUGCAGAUGGGGUAAAACUAUUUAUUAAAGAACCCGUCCGCCCGUCUACGUCGUCCCCCUUUUUAUUCCUAGCUACCCCAAUACUUGCGUUAACACUAGCCAUAAUGCUAUGAGCACCUAUACCUAUACCUCAACCCGUGGCAGACUUAAACCUAGGGAUUCUGUUUGUUCUGGCCUUAUCCAGUCUGGCCGUGUACUCUAUUUUAGGCUCAGGAUGGGCAUCUAACUCAAAAUAUGCAUUAAUUGGUGCCCUUCGAGCAGUCGCCCAAACAAUUUCAUAUGAGGUAAGCCUUGGGCUAAUUUUGCUAUCUAUUAUCAUCUUUUCAGGGGGCUACACCCUACAGAUGUUUAGCACUGCCCAAGAAAGUAUUUGGCUAGUAGUUCCAGCCUGACCCUUGGCGGCAAUGUGGUAUAUCUCCACGCUAGCUGAAACAAAUCGUGCACCCUUUGACCUAACAGAGGGUGAAUCCGAAUUAGUCUCCGGUUUCAACGUCGAAUAUGCAGGUGGACCUUUUGCCUUGUUCUUUCUAGCUGAAUAUGCCAACAUCUUAUUAAUGAAUACCCUAUCGGCCAUUCUUUUCCUCGGUGCAUCUUACAUCCCUUCUAUGCCAGAGUUGACUACCAUUAACUUAAUAACUAAGGCUGCGCUACUUUCAGUAGUGUUUCUCUGGGUUCGGGCAUCUUACCCACGAUUCCGGUACGACCAGCUAAUACAUUUAGUUUGGAAGAAUUUUCUUCCCCUAACUUUAGCGAUGGUUAUCUGACACACCGCCCUCCCGAUUGCGCUUGCAGGGCUUCCUCCCCAGCUCUAA